UGCACUAUGGAUAGGACCAAUCAGACCUCCCCUGCUGUCAUGUUCAUUCUCCUGGGACUCUCAGCCCAUCCAAGGCUGGAGAAAACGUUUUUUGUGCUCAUCCUGUCGAUGUACCUGGUGAUCCUGCUGGGCAAUGGGGUCCUCAUCCUGGUGACCAUCCUUGACUUCCGCCUGCACACGCCAAUGUACUUCUUCCUGGGGAACCUCUCUUUCCUGGACAUCUGCUACACAACCUCCUCUGUCCCCCUCAUUCUCGACAGCUUCCUGACCCCCAAGAAAACAUCUUUUUCAGCCUGUUUUGGGCAAAUGUUCCUCUCUUUUGCCAUGGGAGCCACAGAGUGUGUGCUUCUGGGCAUGAUGGCAUUUGAUCGCUAUGUGGCCAUCUGUAACCCCCUGAGGUACCCUGUGGUCAUGAGCAAGGCUACAUACAUACCUUUGGCUGCUGGCUCCUGGGCAGCUGGUAUCAUCAACUCUGUAGUUCAAACAUCCCAGGCUAUGAGGCUGCCCUUCUGUGGGGACAAGGUCAUCAAUCACUUCACUUGUGAGAUCCUGGCUGUCCUGAAGUUGGCCUGUGCUGACAUUUCUAUGAAUGUGAUCAGCAUGGUUGUGGCUAAUGUGAUAUUUUUGGGGGUCCCAGUUCUGUUCAUCUUUGUCUCCUAUAUCUUCAUCAUUGCUACCAUCCUGAGGAUCCCCUCAGCUGAGGGGAAGAAAAAGGCCUUCUCCACCUGCUCUGCCCACCUCACAGUCGUGGUCAUCUUCUAUGGAACCAUCCUCUUCAUGUGUGGGAAGCCCAAAUCCAAGGACCCCCGGGGGGCAGACAAAGAGGACCUUUCAGAUAAGCUCACCUCCCUCUUCUAUGGGGUGGUGACCCCCAUGCUCAACCCCAUCAUCUACAGCCUCAGGAACAAGGAUGUGAAGGCUGCUGUGAAAAACCUGGUACAUCAAUAA